CAUGUUGGAUGCCUCAUAACUAACCUUGAUAAGACCUCCGGGGUUAUUUGAUUUGUAAUGACGAGUGUAAAACUAGAUCAUCUUGUUAUCUACUUCAGCUCGUCUCUUGUCUUGUAUACAAGGUAUCCUGGAGUGGAACGUAGGGUCGUUACCAGAUCGCUGUCCCCUUGAAGACUGGCAAUUAACACUGAGUCAAGAGAAGAGUUACCCCAAUAAACAGAAACUACAGUUAAGAAUUGACAAUGAAGUGAGGUUUGCUGCUAGUGAAUCAGCUGAUCGAUCCUAAUCACCAUCGGAUUCCGAUGACCUGAAGCAUGGAACCCUUAAUUUGUAGCAACACUGGGUUGCAUAAUCCAACCGACUUCUGUCAGAAUCAAAUAGACCAUCUCGUCUUGCUGGUGUUUUGUUCCAUACUUGUCGUACUUGCAUGUUUGUAGCAGCAGAAGAAGAUAAGCGACACUGAACCGUUGAUAAUGGAAGCUAUAACCUCUCUUUCUGCCUAUAACCUCUCUUUCUCUGUCUUCCAUGUUUAAUGCCUUUGCCCCCACUUAUUAAAUCUUGGUUGGCAUAUUCUCACCACUGCUAAUAUAAAUAUCUAUCUAUGUUCUACUCUAUAUAUAUUCAGUUGUAUAUGUGAGUGGGAUAAGUAUCUAAUAUCUUGAUGGAUCCUAAUGCAUCAAGCUCUCUUUUGAACCCUUCAAGCUUUCAAUCAUUUUAUUAUGAAGCCAAAGAGAAUGAGGGUAUUAUUGAUCUUGGUCUUAGCCUCAGAGCUCUUCAACCUGAAACUUAUCAUCAUCCAUCAACACAUUUGGUGAGCUUGGAGGGCUAUGAUGGUCUGAUAGAUUGGCCCCAGGCUAACAACUUGAAUUUGAAGAAUUCGAAUGUCAUAAGUCCGAGAAAUAUACCGGAAGAUUGUGAUGAGGAAGCAGAGGGAGUCCAGAGCAAGGAGAGGUGGGCUUAUGUGAAAGUUAACAUGGAUGGGAUUGUUAUUGGCAGAAAAGUUUGUGUAAUUGAUCAUAGUGGCUACUCGAGCCUUGCAUUUCAACUAGAAGACAUGUUUGGUAGACAAUCUGUAUCUGGGUUGAGGUUGUUCCAGGUUGGAUCUGAGUUUUCACUUUUUUACAAGGACACAGAUGACAAUUGGAGAACUGUUGGUGAUGUUCCAUGGAGGGAAUUCGUAGAAUGUGUGAAGCGGCUAAGGAUUGCGAGAAAGAACUGAGCUAUUCUUCCCUGUUAUGCGAAAUUGAACUAAUUUUUCUUCUCUCUCUGAUGUAUGUUCUUAUAAUGUCCCUGACUUGGAGGAAACUAGUGUAAAAUUACACAUCUAAGGAUUCCAUAGCUGGAUGCAACAAUGUAUAACAUUAUUGUUCUCAUCAGUCUAAAAUUUUACUUGUGAGUUGUCAAACAUUCUUG